AUCACAUGGAUGGUUGUCUAUUAACUUGUUCAAAAAGUAUCAGGAGUUGUCAAGGCUCUGCUGAAGGGGGAAAAGUAGUUUGUUGGUUCUUAAAGACCAAGUUUGUGGACACAGCAAGACCAGCAGAAAAAACAGAGAGAAGACGUUUACUAUUAGUUCAGUAAAGUUACUGAAAGCUGCAACGUAACAAAACCGUGAACUACCUCUGGUUUGGACAGGUUUAUUAUUAUAUAUUUUUGCGUAAGACAGGUUUCACAAAUAUCAGUUUGAAUGUACAGCAUGAUGGAAACCGAGCUCAAACCCCCUGCCCCUCAGACACAUUCUGGGGGCACGGGGAACUCAAACUCUUCUGCAAACAACCAGAAAAACAGUCCGGACCGAGUGAAGAGACCCAUGAACGCGUUUAUGGUGUGGUCGAGAGGGCAAAGGAGAAAAAUGGCGCAGGAGAACCCGAAAAUGCACAAUUCAGAAAUCAGCAAAAGACUCGGUGCCGAGUGGAAACUUUUAUCCGAGUCUGAGAAGCGACCUUUUAUCGACGAAGCCAAGCGUCUCAGAGCUCUCCACAUGAAGGAACACCCGGAUUACAAAUACAGACCGAGGCGGAAAACCAAGACUCUGAUGAAAAAGGACAAGUACACUCUGCCAGGUGGACUUCUCGCUCCGGGCGGCAAUGCGAUGAACAGCGGGGUAGGUGUAGGGGCUGGCAUGGGUGCCGGGGUCAAUCAGAGGAUGGACACUUAUGCACAUAUGAAUGGCUGGGCCAACGGAGGCUAUGGUAUGAUGCAGGAGCAGCUGGGCUACCCGCAGCACCCAGGUUUAAAUGCUCACAGCGCUGCACAGAUGCAGCCCAUGCACCGCUAUGAUAUGAGCGCCCUUCAGUACAAUUCUAUGACCAGUUCACAGACCUACAUGAACGGGUCCCCUACCUACAGCAUGUCAUACUCCCAGCAGGGCACCCCUGCAAUGACUCUGGGCUCCAUGGGUGCGGUGGUCAAGUCAGAAUCCAGCUCAAGUCCACCGGUUGUCACGUCAUCUUCUCAUUCGAGGGCUCCCCAGUGCCAGCCCGGGGACCUUCGGGACAUGAUCAGCAUGUAUCUGCCUGGAGCUGAAGUACCAGAAUCAACUGCCCAAAGCAGACUUCACAUGUCACAACAUUACCAGAGCGCACCUGUACCCGGUACAACCAUUAAUGGCACACUCCCUCUAUCACAUAUGUAAAUUAACCUUUACUAUAGAAACUGGACUUAUUUGGACUAUUUUUGUACAUAACUUUUUUUUGG